AUGUUUUGCAUUCCAGAAUUUGGUGCCGAAUACGGUAACUGUUUGAGCGAUUAUCCAUCACCAGGCAACGGCAUUGUUGUAUAUUCCAACGGUGCCAUACGGCCACCUUAUCCAGCAAUGACAACAGCAAACAUACGGUGCGGUUUUGGAUAUGUACCUACUGGUACCGUCGCAGCAGUUUGUCAAAAUGGACAGUGGACACCAUCGACUCCGACAAAGUGCAUACGAUCAGGAGGGGCAGGUUAG